AUGGCGACAGAGGAAGAAGCUAACCAAGAGUCACCAGGUUCUGCGUCAGAUUUUCUGGAAGAUCUGACUAAUGAACUCCAGGGAAGAUCGCGCUAUCCAAUCGCUUCUGGAGGCUUUGGAGACAUCUGGAAGUGUGAUUUAGUGAAGCCCAGUGGGACCGUCCAGGUAGCGGUGAAGACUAUUCGUUCUUUCGAGUCGGAUAACAAAGAAUUGACGCGAAAGAAUGGGAAGAGAGUGCGUCGCGAGCUGAAAGUUUGGGCCCGUCUCAAACACCGUAGCAUUCUUCCCCUCUAUGGAGUGGCAAACGACUUUGGGCCCCACCCAGCAAUGAUUUGUCCGUGGGCUGAUAAUGGAGCUCUCACAGGCUUUCUUGAGCGUCAACAACACGUGUUGUCGCCUCAAGAUAAGUUUUCCCUUCUGGAUGACAUUGCCCUUGGAUUAGAAUACCUCCACAGUGAAUCAGUUGUCCAUGAACUUGUAUCCUUCAUUACUCACAUCCGGACUCUCCAGUCGAAUGUUUUGAUUUAUAGCAACGGUCGGGCAUGCCUCGCUGAUUUUGGUCUCUCCACUAUCAUCCUGGAAUUCGUCGGUACCUCCUAUUUUACAAGCUCCAUCCGAGGGAACGUGCGAUGGGUAGCUGCAGAGUUAUGCGAAGCAUCAGAAGACGAUGAGGUUUCGCUCAGCACCGAGUGCGACAUAUACUCAUUUGGCAGUAUCACAUUGCAGGUGUUGACUUGCAAGGUACCGUACUACAACGUGAAAAAUGAUAUUUUAGUGUUGGGACAGGUCAUCAAGGGCAAGAAACCAGAGCCUCCCAAGGAGUCGCAAAUAGCGCCUGGGCACUGGGAAUUCAUACAGCGGUGCUGGUUGCCUCGUGCAAGUCGUCCAUCGGUUGGAGAAAUUGUAGCAUUUGUUGAAUGUGAACGACAAGCUCUGCUGAACAGAUCGACAGGGAUCUAG